ACUCCUGAGACGGGUAACAUGCCUUGUUUUCAUCGUAUUUGGAGACCAUGAUUUACUCUGCAUGAUGCUAGGAAUAUUAUAGAAGAUAAUGGGUUUGAGCCCUGGCAUCGACAUUGUUUCCAUAGAUGAUCCGCGUAGGGUAGCACGAGGUUGGGUUUUGCCAGCACUUGAUGUAAAGGCAAAGCUCUUAGUUAUGGAAAGCUGUCUGCCCCUCCGAAUGCGGAUUACAGUAUCGGACGUUCAUGUUAUCAAGCGGCAGUACUGGCUUACAGUUUGAGCUUUAUGUGAGUUGCCAAUAUUUUACUCAAACG